GAAACGUCUGCGCGUCAGAGGUCGGUGUCACGUGGGGCCGGCGUCCUCCAGCCGAGCGGCGACAAUGUAACAACAGGCGCUCAGCUCAGGCUUAAAGUCUAAGGGUUUGUACCAAGUGCUACUCGUGGCCGACAUGUGUGGGCGCACUGCGUGCUCGCUGGCUGCCGAUCAGAUCAGACGUGCCUGUGCCUAUCGCGAUGGGCAAGGGAGGAGAAGGGACCCUGAAUGGAGAGACGGGGACCGAGACAAGUACAAGCCCUCGUUCAACAGAUGCCCGCAUUCUAACAGCCCGGUGCUGGUGUCCAGAAAACACUUUCACAAAGAUGCGGAGAGUGCAGAGCCUAUCCUGGCGGCCAUGCGUUGGGGUCUCAUUCCAUCCUGGUUUCGGGAGAGUGAUCCCAAGAAAAUGCAGUACAACACCAGUAACUGUCGCAGUGAUGGGAUGAUGCAGAAGAAUUCGUAUAAGGAUCCUUUCAUUAAAGGGCAGCGCUGUGUGGUGUUGGCUGAUGGAUUCUAUGAGUGGCAGAGGCAUUUUGGUGAAAAGCAGCCCUACUUCAUCUACUUCCCACAGACCUGCGAGAAAGAGGAGGUAGAUGGCGAGGAGUGGAAGGGUCGACGGCUGCUCACCAUGGCGGGGCUCUUUGACUGCUGGAGACCUCCGUGUGGUGGAGAGGCGCUUUACACAUACACCAUCAUCACAGUGGAGGCUUCCAAAGCUAUGGACUGGAUCCACGACAGUAGAAUGCCAGCUAUCCUGGAUGGGGAGGAGUCCGUGCGGAUGUGGUUGGAUUAUGGGGAGGUUCCGUCCAUGGAGGCUGUUAAACUGAUCCACCCGACAGAAUGUAUCGCUCUUCACCCAGUCUCCACGGUGGUUAACAACACCAAAAACGACUUCCUCGAAUGCAUCAAACCAAUCGAACUGGGAGUUAAAAAGGAAUCCAAACCCACGGCCAGCAGCAAACUGAUGAUGAACUGGCUGCAAAACCCCUCUCCCAAGAAGGAAGAAGUCGGCGCCGGGAGUCCGCUGAAGGCUAAGCCGGAGACGCCCAAGAAAAGCAGCGUGGGGCUGAUGCAGAUGUGGCUUCAGAAAACUGAGGAGCCCUUGGCCAAGAAGCUGCGCACCACCUGAGAUACGCGCAACACCGGCAGCCCGGCGAGCUCAGCUCCGAAGUGCUUCGUUGCAGAUUGAACCUCGAUAGGCGGCAUUGAGUGAGCGUCGCUGGUCCUCACCAGAUGUUGCAAAGGCGUUUGACUUGACUAGAAAUUUCUAGCAGUUUUGUUCUUUGCAAAGUUCCAGUUGCCAUGUUGUGCAUUUGCCUAAAACAGUUAGAAAG